AUGUCGUCAUCCGAGUCAGAAGAUGAUGUGCCAUUUGAAAGUAUCAUUGCUACACGGCAGCGGCGUGCAAAUGCGGGUUCUCGACUGAGGCAACUUCUACAGCUUGAAGAACUUCAUGAGGAGCAGCGAAACGAUAAAUUUGCCACUGAGGACGACGAAAACGUAAACCUGUUGUUCCAAGAAGACCCAGAUGAUAAUGAAUUUGUUGAAGAGAGGACUGAUGAUGAAGAUGGGUCUGGAGACGAAGAGGAAGAGGAAGGAGAUGAUGAUGGUGAGAAUGGAGCAGAACAAGACCAAGAAGAAGGAGACAACGAUGUCAAUCCGGACGAAAUGCUUUCCUCUGAGUCAGAGGAUGAUGAUGCUGAUGAGGAUGAGGAUGAAGGCGAAAAAGAGCUCCAAAGACAAGUACGGCUGAAGAAGAAAGCCCAACAGAAAAAAGCCAGAGAAGUUGCACCUAUCAUCAAAAAGACACCUCAAGUCACCCAAAAGAAGGAGAAGCAGACCCUCAAGCGGAAAAAGGAGAGUGCUGAGUCACUUUUGUCGAAAUCUCGAAGAUCUUCAACCCGUGCUUCUGCUGUUGAGAAUAAGCUAGCUACUGCACAAAGACUCAAGGAGAGUGAAGCUAGAAGGGCCAACUUCAAGCCAGUUGAACGGGUGACGGAAGUCGAAAUGACUCUGGAAGAAAGGCUAGCUGAGGCAGUGGAGACAGAAAAGAAAAACAUUCUCUCGUUAACCCAAUUCUACGAACAAGAAGGCGAGAAGAAAGAGCGACAGCGCGCGCUGGCCGCGGCCAAGAAGCUGAGAAUGGUGAACUACGUGAGUUUCAUAUCUCAUGGCGUUUAUGUGACUCCCAUGGAUGAGGCCAAUGAGAUACAGAGACUGAGAAAUAUCGAGUUAGCCAAGGAGAAGAAGAGUCGGAGAUAUAAGAAACGGAAGGUGGAGAAGGCCGAGGAGAAGACCGAAGAGAAGGCCGAGGAGAAGAAAGAUGGUGAUGAAAAGAAGGAGAGUGAUGCCACAGCCAAAAUAGAUGACACCUCUACUCUCAUGGAAGAAAAGAAAGAAGGUGAUACUGCGGCUGACGUUAAGCCUGAUUCGGAAGCUCAACAGACACCUGAAGAUGAACUGGCCAAAUCGGGAACCGGAACAGAUGAGCAACAACUCGAGAAACCAUGUGAUAUUGAUGUGAAGAUAGAAGACGCUGGAUCUUCGGAAAUUCCAGAGUCAGAGGUUAGGGAAGUGUCCGAAGCAGAGCCUCAAGACGCAGAACAGACCUCCGAACAGAUCCAUGAAGACGUUGAGAUGAUUGACGCAGAUACUGUUGCAGCUACAGAGACCACUGAGUCAGUACCAAACGAAACAGCUGAUGAUGUUGAGAUGCCUGAUGAACCGCUCAAGCCGCUGGAACCCCAAUCCAUAAUCAGACAGGAAACUAAGAGUGGCCGCCCUAAAAGGGAAACGAAAAAGGUGAAGUUUGCAGACGAGGGAAGCUCCGAAGAGAAUGACAAAACUCUCGAAAAGCCUUCUGAGUCUGAGCCUACCUCUUCCAAUGUCGAACCAGAACCAGCCAAAUCACCAGGUGACUCGCAAUCACGCGAGCAAUCCGAAGAACCAGAAGAGAUCGCCGAGAAACCUCAGUACGAAGGACCUCCACAAUUUGUCGCAGUAAGUCACCUCGUCUUUGAAGACUUUGACGAGCCACCUUCGACCACCGAGAUCAAGAAAUACAUCUUUGGACCACAGGCGAUCUUGCCUGCCACGAGAAGAUCCAAUCACGUGGAACCAGUUGCUCGUAUAAAACCUGCCAAGGAGGUCACUCAGACACUUUUUACGCCUUAUGACCGAUUAUAUGCGCGCGAAUUCGACUUCAUUUUGAACCAAAUGCCACGGUUUGGUGAAAUCAUCAAGGUCGAAGAGGUGGUCGAGGAUGUGGAAGAGGAAACCGAACAGGAGGUGGUGAUUCGUACUCCCGCACCCGUGGGAAUCUACUUGCCUAACGGUAAAAAGAAGAGCUGUAUGAUCUCGGGAAAAGCUGCUCAGUACUACGAUCCCAAGAACGGCAUACCGUACAGCAGUGUUGCUGCUUUCAGAACGUUGAAAGAUCUACAAGAUCACAAGUAUGCGUGGGUUCAGAUUGAGAAAGAUGACGAGAAGAUCAAAGGUGGAAUCGGGAUUUUUUCGCAGUUGUGGGACGGAAAGCACGCGAAGGGCGUUCCUGAUUGGUUCUGA